AUGGCACAAGCACAGAAGAAAUAUGUAUGUGCUUUCUGUGCAAGAGCAUUUACCAGAUCAGAACAUAAACAACGCCAUGAAAGAUCUCAUACGAAUGAAAAGCCAUUCCAUUGUUUGCAUUGUACAAGCUCAUUUGUAAGACGUGAUUUGUUACAACGUCAUUGUAGAACUGUUCAUAAUACUAAUUUAAAUCCAAGUUUAUUACCAACUAAUAAAUCUUUAAAUAAUCCAACUACAAAUGCAAUUGAAUUAACUGAUAAUAAUAAUAAUAACAACAACAACAAUGGUGAUGAAUUUCAAGCUAUUCCAAUGAGAGGCUCUUUUAGUUUUGAUACUCAAGAUCAACAACAUAAUAAUCAUCUGCAACAACAAGCACAACAGUAUUCUUCUGCAUCAUUUGAUUCGUUCAAUAUGACACCUUCAAAUUCAACAGCUAGUGAAAUAAUACAAAUGAUUCCUACAACUACUGGUUCAAGUCCAACAAGUACGAUUGGGAGUAAUACUACCAGUACAAGCAACAACAAUAAUCUGGUUAAACGAAGGAAGAAAUCAUCCGAUGAUGGUUCAAAUAGAUCAGCAUUAAAAGAACAUCAUGAUUUAAUCCAUUUAUUAUCAAUUGCUAAGAAAUUAUCAAAUUUAUUAUAUAAUUAUGAUUCAAUUGCAUUAUCAAAUUGUAAUUCUCCUUCAAUUAAUGAAAUCUUUCUUAUUGGUUAUUCACAUUUAACUCAACAAUCUAAAUUAUUUACAAAUUUUGAUAAAAUUUUAAAAGAUUUACUUUAUUAUUUAGGUACCUCAUAUUUAACUACUCAACAAUUGAAUCAACUCCAUCAGCAACACCCGCAACAACUUGGUGGUGGUGGUAAUGCAAACGACGGGAAUUCAACUGGUUCUUCUUCUUCUUCUUCUUCUUCUUCGUCUCCGCAUAAUUAUCAAUUUAAUAAUUUCAAAAUUGGCAUAAGUUAUACCAUAAUAUCAUUAGGUUAUAUAAUUGAUAAGAAACCAUCAAAAUCACUUAAAUUUUUCAAAAAAUCAUGGAAUUUAUUGAUCAAAAAACUUAUACCACAAUAUAACAAUAACAACAACUUGUUUGAUCAGAUUGAAAUUUUACAUAAUCUAUUUUUAUUAUCUUAUGUUUAUUUACAGUUCAAUUUGGAAGGUUUUAAUAUUAAUGAAUUUGAAAGUUUAGAAGAUACUGAUGGUGAACAAAUUUAUAUCAAUAAUGAAGUGAUACUUAAUUAUCUUAAUGAUAUUAGUUUUAUAAUCAUUUCAAAUCUAAAAGAUGUUUCAAAUUCUCCGGUGUUGUCUGGUGUCUCCAAUUCAAAUGAUAAUUUAAUUGAUAAUAAUAUCAAUUUAUUUUGGAAUAUUUACAUCUUAUUAUCAACUUAUUUAACUAAUCAACCUCCUCCAAAAGUGUAUCCUUUAUUUUUAGAAAGAUCCGUUAAGAAUAAUGAGUCAUUGUUGAAUAUCAUGCAAAAAUUCUGUAAAUCUUUUAUAAAUAUUGAUGAUGAACAAUUGAAAAUGAUUAUUGUUUCAACUUUAUCAAAUGAAUUAAAAGAUCACAAGGUAAACCAAACAUUGUCAUCAUCAUCAUCAAAUUCAUCUUCACCAACUACAUCACAUCACAAUAAAAUGACCAUAUAUUCAAAUAAAAACAUCCUUCAUAAUGCAAUCAUUCUUAUAAAUAAAUCAAUCAACAAUCAUAAUAAUCAUUAUCAUCAUAAUAAUCGUAAUCAAGAUAUAAUCAAAUCCGACGCUACCAAAUUGUUUGAAUUGUUUAAGAAGAAUCUUAUUGUUAAUAGUCCAUUGAAAUUUCAUGAAUUGUUUAAUAAUUAUAUCUUUAUACCCAAGAACUAUUAUAAUUGGCAAUUGUUAUCAUUAACAUUACAAGAAAUCAAUGCUACUUCAAUCAAUUCUUCUAUUAUGAAUACUAUUGAAUCUUCCAAUGGGAAUUUCCAAGAAUUUGAGAAUUUAAUUAAAGGGAAUUUCUUUGAUUAUAGAAGUAAUACCAUUAAUAUCAAUAAUAACUUAUUGAUUGUUUCAUAUCCAAUUAUAUUUUUCACCAAUUAUUUAAGUUUAGAAAAUAUGAUCAAUUUGACGAGUUUGAAUAAUUUACAAUUUAUAAAUUUGAAUUGUUUAAUUAUUGAAUGGUAUUUAAUUAUGAACAAAGUAUUGAUAAUGUUGUUUACUGAUGAUAUGACUAAUUUUGAAGAUAAUUAUAUUUUACAAACUUUGAUUUAUUUGUUGUUGGAUAAUAAAUCUUGUUUAUUAAAGAAAUUAAAUAUUCAAGAUAAGAAUAAUAAUAAUAGUAAUACUAGUCAACAUGAGCAAUAUCAACAACAGCAACAACAAGAAGAAGUUGGUGAAUUAUCAUUUAGUCAAAAAUGGUUUUGGAUAUUGAAAGUUAAAUUGGAUUCUAUUUUUGAAAAUUGGUUAAAUUUCAUUAAAGAUUCAAAGAAUAAUACUAAUGUUCAAUUUAAUAAUAAUUUAAUUGGAUUUAAAAUCAAUUUGAAUAAAAUGUUAAAUGAAUAUAUUAUUACUGAAGGAUUAUCAUUUAAAGAUGAAGAUCAAGCCAAUCCUAAUCAACAACAACAACAACCUAUUCAUCAACCUCCUAUUCAACAACCACCAACUGUAUCUCAUCAUCAAUCACAAGAAUAUGUUCAAACUAGUUCAUAUCUUCCAUUACAAACUUCAAUAUCAAAUAAUAGUACAAAUAGCUUUAUGAAUUUUGAUAAUCAACAUCCAUUUAAAAGAUCAAAUUCAAUAACAAUUGGAAUAUUAGCUCAAACUAUGGUUGCUGACGAAUCAAGUCAUAAUUCAACAAAUCAAAAUUCACCAAAUCAAAAACAUCAACCACCAAGAGUAUAUAAUUCUCAACAACAACAACAACAACAAGUGGUUCAACCUAUUCAACAAUAUACUAGUUAUUCUGCUUAUCCUCCACCACCUCCAAUAUUAUCAAAUUCAUCAAACAAUAGUCUUGCUAAUACUACUACUACGACAAAUUCUAAAGCUGAUGUGUUAUUACCUCCAAUAAGGCGUGAAGAGAGAAUGACUAAUAAAUAA